AUGAAUUCACGAAUUCAAUUAUACCCGGAUUGUUUAAGACGAAUAUUUGAAUAUAUCGUUGAUUCAUCAGAAUAUCUUCAUAUAACGCAUAAAAACCUUUACUCAUGUAUAUUAGUAAAUAAAUUAUUUUUUCAAAAUGCUAUACCAAUAUUAUGGAGAAAUCCGUGGAAUCCAAAUUCAAAUAAAUCAAAAAACAAUUAUAAUAAAAAACUUUCUAUCGCGAGAACAAUUUUAUCAUGUUUGUUACAAUAUCAUCGUGAACAACAACAGGACAAAAAUUUGACCGAUAUUUUUGGAUUAAUUUCUUUUGAAAACCCCAUGAAAGAUCCAAUAUUUGAUUAUGUAAGUUAUUGUAGACAUAUUAAUUGUCUAGAUAUUGAAAAUGUGACUAGAAUGCUAAUUGAAAAUAAACGAGAAUUAAAUGUUAUUUUUGAUAAAAAACACGAAGAAAAUAUUGGUUAUAUUUUAUUUGAAGAAAUUUGGAGAUUAUUUAUGAAAAAAUGUAAUAAUAUUGAAUAUCUUAAAUUACCUCAAAAUAUUAAUAUUAGUAUAUUACCUGGAUCUCAACAAUGUUUAAGAUGGUUAAAUGAAUUGGAAUGUGUAGUUGGAAAUGAAAUGAAUCAAUCUAUAAAUAAAAAUUUUAUUGGAUUGGCUAAUAUUUGUCAUAAUUUAACAAAAAUUAGGAUUAAUCCUUUAGAUAAAGAUGACAGAGGUUUGGCUACUUUAAUUAAAGCGCAGAAUAAUUUAGAAGAGAUACAUUUAUUUACAAAUCAACAUGUAGAAAAUUUAAGAUUUAUUAAUCAGGCAUUAUCAACUAAAUCUAAUUCACUUGAAAUAUUAUCAUUCAAAGGAAACUUUUAUUUUUCUUCACAAAAUUCAUUUCUCUCUUCUUUACAUAAUUUAAAGCAAUUACACAUUAAAUUUGCUACAUAUAGCAAUAUUAAUUGUCUAUUAAAUUUAACUGUUUUGCCAAAGUUGGAAUUUUUUGUUAUUCACUUAAAUUAUUAUUCCUUUGAAAUUUCUUUAGAUUGUUUUUCAAAACUAAUUUCAACUACAAAAGGUUUGCUUCGGAAAUUUGAAAUAAUUAAUGCUACAAGACCUCCCUCAAAGAUAAUUGGAUUACAAUUAUUCAUUCAAUCAAUAAUUAAUCAUUGUCCUUUAAUUAAUCAUUUAAAAAUUUGGUAUAUUAGUGAUUUACUGAAUGAUUUUAAACAAUUAUUAAUUAGUGCUGAAUAUUUAAAUUCUAUUGAAUUUGAUUUCUUAAAAGUACAAAAUGAUGAAAAUUAUGAUUAUAAUAUGGAAAGGGAAUUGCAAACUAAAUCAUUAUUAGAUGCUUUAAUUGCUUGGUCUUCUAUCAAUUUAAAUUAUUUAUAUUUAAGUAAUCUUUGGUGGUUAUUACCUCAUGAAUUAUCUUAUUUUUUGGAAUUAUGGAAACCAAGAAAUAUUAAAUUAACUUUAAAAAUCAAAGAUAAUGAAAAAGAAGACUUGCAUCCUUAUUUAGUUGUUAUUGAUAAAUUUAUUAAAGAUGAUGUUUUAACUGUUGAUUCAGGUAAAUGGAUCAAAGAAUUUCCAUUUUAA